AUGGAUCGGCGUAUUGGCAAUUACCUUGGGAACGAAGAAUUGAAGAAGCUCAUCAUUCCUAGUUACCACCGCAUCUCAGCUGGAGAUGGUUAUCUCGAAGCUCUAGUCCAGCCCAUUGUUGAGUCCGUAUGCGGCGGAAAGAUGCACAAGACGGACAUCCUUGUUUGCGCGACUGGCCUCGAGAACGUCUUCAACCCACUGUUCGUUUCCACGCAGACCAUCCAUUACCUGAAGACCAGCAAGGAGACUCGCUCGGAGGACUGUAAUAUCCGAUACCGAUUCCGUAAUCGCUUCGCUUUCCCCGGCAAUAGCGAAGUCAAGGCGAACAAAACUAAGGAUGUCAAAGGACUGAGAGCCUACAUGCGAGAUGCAGACCACGAAGGGACAGUUGAGUGA